AAGCUUCUGGGGUCGGCUCAGCUCUCGAAGUCUCCCAUGCCCAAAGCUGGCUUGGAGCCAUCCCGAUCUCUACAGCUUGGAGCUGUUGGCUUGAUUUUUGUACUCGUUCUGCUGGUGCAGCGCGUGCUUGCGCUGCAACGUGCCUGCGCUGAGCUUGGGCAGGCUUUGGAGCUCUUGGCAAAGGUCUUGCGCGAACGGCCCAUGCUUGCUCCUGAUGCAGGUUUGGAAAGCUUGGCCUUUUCGAGUUCGCUGUAUGAGGACACUUUCAGCCGAGUUUCCCGAAGCCUCAAGGGCCGUCCGAAGCUUGGUUCACUAGAUGGUUUACACUAUGGCGGCUAUGACAGCUUUGGUGAUGCCUACGACAGCUACAGUCUCGAUAGCUUUUACUGGAAGGAGCGCCUUGCUCAGGACUUGGAGCACAGGCGUCGCUUUGGCGACUUCUACCACCGUCCCACUCGCUUUCAUGACGAUCUUCCAGGCCUUGGCCACGAUUGGUACUCAGGUGACUUUGAUCGAAGCCCCUGGACAGGCGCAAGCUAUGGCUUAGACGACUGGACUGGCAUGCCAGUGGUGCGUGUCCGUGGUUCAGUGAUGCGGCGUGCGGCAAAUCAAAGCAAUGCAUUUGAGGAGGCACUCUCAUCCCAGUCUCGUUUUCCAGAGGGAGGAGGUGCAUCCUCGAGGCCUUCCAGGCCGUCACGGACGUCACCGGAAAUACCACGAAUUCUUCAUCAAACUUGGAAGACGGACCAGGUUCCUGCAAAGUUCCGCAACCAUCUACAGUCUUGGCGCCGGCUUCAUCCAGGUUGGCGCUUCGAGUUCUGGGACGACCAAACGAGUCGGAGACUUAUGGCAGAGAAGUAUCCAAAGCAUCUGCGUCAAUACGACAGAAUGUCUGGGAUCAAACGUGCCGAUGUUGCACGGCUGGUCGCUCUGUCCGUGUAUGGUGGGGUCUAUGCCGACAUUGAUGUGGAAGCGACGCGGUCACUGGAGCCGUUGCUGCAUGCAGCCGAAGCCACAAAUGCAGCAGUGCUGCUAGGUGAGGAGAACCUCGUUCAUUCCGUUCUUCUGGAGCACAAGGCAGAACCAUUGGUCAGCAAUGCCGUGAUGAUAGGAGCAGCUGGACAUCCUUUCUGGGAGGAAGUUCUUCAAGAGAUCUUCAGCAGAUCUUGGUGCGGAGAAGACCCAGUGCAAUGCACCGGUCCACGGAUCGUUGAUCGAGUGAGCUGGGAGCACUUGAGGCGGAAUCCAGCAUGUCACAAGAGCGGGUGCGUUCUGAGACUUCGCUACGACUACUUUUCUCCCAACAUUGCGCUUUGGAACGCGGGUAACAUGGUCAAAGAAUGCCGACCGCGGGACCGUUACAGUCGCUGGAGCUGGGGGUCAACGAGCAAGGAGAAAGAGCGCAUGGUAACUGAUGCCUGCAGGAGCCUGUCGCGAGCUUUGGAUCGACCAACGGCUCUUCAUAGCAAUCGCACUUUUGCAGUUCACCAUUGGCAAUGUAGCUGGUGCAGAGAAGACGAGGCUUUGAGGAAAAGCGUCUCUCUUGCCGAGAUUGUUUGGGCCGUCAUGAAUGAGUCUCAAGCAGAGGCGCCUUUGCUUGUCACCGCGGCAGAAAAAGAGUGUCAAAGCAAACUUGGGCAGAAACUGACAAAGGAAGCCCUUGGGCCCUUGCAGAGAGUUGCAAAUACACGCUGUGUGCAGGCCGACCUGGAGAAGCCUCUGCUCUUGUACAGUGAGGAUUCAGAUGCAGUUUUCAGCAGCAGGUUGGAGUUUCAAGAACAGCUUCCAAGGCUGAAUGAGCUUUUGACGGCGUACUACAAAAUGUUCCAGUUGGAUGAAGAGCUGUUGGUCUCUGUGAUUUUGGCGCCGUUGUGCCACGAAGCAACUCAUGCCUUUUCUUGUACCACAACCUUCCAGGAGAUUUGCCUCCUGGAGGACUGUAACGAUCGCAAGGAUGCUGCCGCUCUUCAGCCGCCACAAGCCUGGCCUUUCUUACAGGACGGGCUCGUUGGACUCCGGGGACCUGCCGGGAGUUUGGCGUUCAGCUUGGAGGCAGCGGAUGCUCUGGCGGAAGUGCUCCACCGGAGGGCCCCAAUCUCAACCUAUGAGUGCUUUAUGCAGAGUUUGAAGAGUCGAAGUCGGUCACGACAGUCACCCCAUGCACGGCAGCCGAAGGCGGACCCACACGUGGCCAUUGAUGAGGAAGUAGAACUUGAUUUCACAGAGGGCGGCUCUGUGAGCUCUCGGGUACCCAAGGAAGCUGAGCAAGCUGGGUGGUUGCAAGACUUUUUGUCUGAUUCGCCUGGUGUGGUGAAGAGACGGCAACAGAUGUUGCAGGCGCUCCAGGCCUGGGAAGCUCUGUCGCAGAAUCUAACACAGGAGGCCUUCACAGCGCUCGCAGAGGAGAAGCUCGAUGCCUUGACUCUGACAGUGAGAGCAGAGGCACUUCUCCGACUGGGACGCUUGGAAGAGGCUGCCAAGGACUGUGUUCAGGCCUUGAGGAUCUUCCCUGAGAGCAGCAUGACAACGCUAGUCCAGGCUGAGGUGAACCUUCGCUUGGGCUAUCCUGCUGAUUGUUUGGAGGAUUGCAACCACUUGCUCGACUGGAACCCUCGAUGCUCCCAAGCUUCUGCACUUCGUGGAGAGGCACGCUUGAGUUUGGGCCACCUGGACGAGGCCAUCCUGGACUGUGACUGGGCAUUGGCACAUGGACAUCGUUCUGCAGCAGUCCUUGCAGUGCGAGGCAACGCCCAUCGAAAGUUGGGGAACAUCCGAGAGGCGAUCUCGGAUGCCGACGAGGCCCUGCGAGAAUGUCCCAGCUGCUGCGAAGCGCUGCUGCUUCGGGGACAGGCUCAGCUGGAGCUGCGGGAAGCUGGCGCAGCGCUGGCUGACCUCACCAAGGCCAUCGACAUACCUCAUGCUGCAUCCGAGGUGAGGGUGUCGGCGUUGGCAUCGCGUGCGGAUGCUUUUGUUGCCCUCCAGCGAUACGACAAGGCAAUUACAGAUUGCGAUGAGGCUUUAACGAUCUCCAGAAGUCCAUUGGCUCUUGCUAUUCGGGGUGAGGCGCAACUGUUGAGCUGUGAGUACCAGGCUGCCUUGGAGGACUGCAGUGCCGCACUUGCGUUGGAGCCAACGGAUCCGUACACCUUGGCUGUUAGGGCUGAGGCACACCUUUGCCUUGGCCACCGUGAUGAUUCCAUAGGUGAUUGCGAUCAGGCACUUGAGCUCAGUCCAGGCUUGGAAUACGCCGUGCUUUGCUCAGACUACCACAUCCAAUAGAUCAUGUCCAUAUUUAUCCUAUUUAUUCGUACAUGUGGUCCAAAUGCAAACUACAGAUUAUGCCUGCGCAGUCAAUUGCAGAAGGACUGGUUUUCGCAGCAGUCAACAGGGUUCACGAGCACAACCAACCAACUUUUAAGCACCGGAGCAAGCUUUCAAUCUGUAAAACGCAACGGCCAGGGUAGUUGUCCACCCUUGGUGCAGAUGACAUAGUCCUCAGCUGCAAUUGCCGACCCACAAAUGGUUAGCAUUGGUUUCAGCCUGACUGCAACAAUGAAAG